AACUGUAUACCAAACUAUCGGAUCUCAAUGGAGAAAUUCGAUAGACGAAUCGAAGAAGAAACUUAUCUAUGUAUUCCAUUUCAAAUUCUCGACCAAACUCUCAUAGCUGUCUUGAAAUGUCUUGGUCUUCUUUGCCCGACGGCGAAGAAAACGGCGUCGCCUCCUCUGAUUCUUAACCAGCCGGAUGAACAAGAGGAAGACGAUGGUGUUGCCAUGAAAGACGAUGAUGUCGUUUUGUCGUCGACUAGAGGCAAGAAGGCCAAAGCAAAGAAAAGGGAUAAAGAAAAGCCUAGUUCAGGUAGUCCUGGCCAAACUAAUAUAAUACCCAACGCAGCAAUACAAGUUUAUGAGGAGGGUUAAUUAAGAAGUCUUUGGAGUCCCAAGAGACCAAUCACCAAUGAGUCUUUGCUCCUUUUUUUUGUCUUUUUAGUUUUUAAAUCAAAACUUCAAAUUUCCAUUAUUUAUGGAAGAGUCGUACACGUUGUCUAUAUUUGUUUGCUCUUUUGUCAUUUUUUUUUUCUCAAGACAACAAUAUUUGACCACACGACGUCUGUUUUUAUAAACGAGUGACACAUCAGAUCAGAACUAUAUAUAAUAUAUACUUUUGAAUCGGAACCAA